ACACUACAAAAGGUAAGCAAGCAUGAUGAGAUAAUGUCAGAUAUCGAUAGAGAAGAAGAAGAAGAAGAAGAAAAUGAAAUCAUUACAAACAACCAAUGUUUCAUCAUCAUCACACUCACAUACUUUCAAUUUCACUCACCAUUCCAAUUUCAACCCUUCUUCUUCUUCUUCUUCAUCAUCAUCUUCACUAUCCUUCAAAACUACUCCAAAAACAACCGCACUCACCGCCACCACCACAACCACCGUCACACAUAAACCUAAAAGAGUGUUCUUUUUAGAUGUAAAUCCACUCUGUUACGAAGGAUCAAACCCUAGCUUACACUCAUUUGCUAGAUGGUUUUCACUUUUUCUAUCUCCUCAAAUUGCUCACAAUAGCCCUGUUAUUGCUGUUGUUGAUGGUGAUAGAGGAAGUGAACAUCGGAGAAAGUUGCUUCCUUCUUAUAAAGCAAAUCGGAAAAAAUUCUUUGCCGGUGGUGGUGCUGGUGGUGGUUAUGUUGGAAGGUUUCAUCCGGUUAUUAGUGAUGUUCUUAGAAAAUGCAAUGUGCCUGUGAUAAAAGUUGAUGGCCAUGAAGCUGAUGAUGUUGUAGCUACACUUGUCGAACAAGUUCUCAAAAAAGGGUUUCGAGUUGUGAUUGCUUCCCCUGAUAAGGAUUUUAAGCAACUUAUUUCUGACAAUGUGCAAAUAGUUAUGCCUUUGCCAGAGUUACAAAGAUGGUCCUUCUAUACUAUGAGACAUUACAGAGAUCAGUAUAAUUGUGACCCAGAAUCUGAUCUGAGCCUCAGAUCUAUCGUAGGUGAUGAAGUUGACGGUGUUCCUGGUAUCCAAAAUCUAGUGCCUAAUUUUGGUUGGAAGACUGCUCUAAAACUCGUUCGAAAGCAUGGUUCAUUGGAAGCUUUAUUAAAUGCAGCUGCAGUAAGGACUGUGGGAAAACCAUAUGCACAAGAUGCUCUAAAAAACCAUGCCAAUUAUCUACGAAGAAACUAUAAAGUUCUUGCCUUGAAAAGGGAUGUAAAUGUUCAGCUUUACGAGGAAUGGUUGGUUGAGAGAGACACUCACAAUGAUACUAUUGCAUUAUCUACCUUGUUCAAAUAUUUGGAAGAAAGUAAAGAGCUAAUACCUAUGACGAAUUGUGUUAGUAAUAGGCCUGCUAUCACCAGUAAAUAUGUUAGAAAGAAGCAUAAUAAUCCAAUUAGUGUUGAAGCAAAAGUUAUGUAAUAUUAGUAGCAGUUUAUUUUAUUAUUAUUAAAUUAAAUGUUAUGUAUGCAGUAAUUGCUAUGUAACUGUAGUAGGAAGUCAGAAACUGUUGUAGGAAGUUAGAAUUAUAAAUAUUGGCUGAAAGGAAAAAGGGACAGACCAAGCUAUUUAAUUCCUAGAGGUUGUUUAAUUUUAUGUUUCAGACAGUUUUCA